AUGACGCGUGGUAAUCAACGUGACCUUGCUCGGGAAAAGAAUCAGAAAAAUCAAAAAGGGAAAAACGUGGCAUCGUCUGAAAUGGAAGGGAAUAAAGGUUUAUCAUUACAAGAACGACAAUUGCGAGAUGCUGCUAAAAUGCGCGAGAAACAACAGUUAGCUCAACAAAAGAAGGGUACUGAUGGUGGUGCUGGUGGAAAUAACAAUGCAUCGGGCGGAGCAGGUGCCGCAGCUUCGACUCAUUGA